UUGUUUUGUACCGGUAGAGGCAGCCCUGGCGGUGGUUGCGAAGCCAGAAGAUGAGGUGUGGGUUUUUCAGGGGAACAGGUUGCGGAGGAGAAAGGGAAGAUGGAGGCUGGUGGAGGAGCUGGCUACAGCAAAGCCUUCAGACAGUCAAAGAUAAGUCCACAGAGGCCUUGGAGUUCAUGAAACGUGACCUGACCGAGUUCACGCAAGUGGUCCAGCAUGACACAGCCUGCACCAUUGCUGCCACUGCCAGUGUGGUCAAGGAGAAGCUGGCUACGGAAAGUUCCUCGGGUGCGACAGAGAAAGUGAGAAAAGGGCUCUCCAACUUCCUGGGCGUUAUCUCCGACACAUUUGCACCUUCACCAGAUAUGACCAUUGACUGUGACGUCAUAACCCUGAUGGCGACCCCUUCUGGAACAACAGAGUUAUACGACAGUGCCAAGGCUCGGUUGUACAGCCUUCAGUCUGACCCAGCCACCUAUUGCAAUGAACCUGAUGGACCCUCUCAGCUCUUUGAGGCCUGGCUAUUGCACUUCAACCUAGAGGAGAAGAAAGGGGAGAUCUCGGAGCUGCUGGUGAACAGCCCUUCCAUCCGCUCUCUCUACUCCAAGAUGGUGCCAGUGGCUGUGUCCCAUUCUGAAUUCUGGCAACGCUACUUCUACAAAGUCCAUCAGCUGGAGCAGGAGGAGGUCCGGAGAGAGGUUUUGAAGCAGCGAGCAGAACAAAGUGUUCACUCAGAGGAGCCAGGCUGGGAAGAGGAAGAAGAGGAAUUCCUUGGGUCAUCCUCCUCCCAAUCUUAUGCCUGCUCACAAUCUCCCCAAGAGGUGAAGCCAGCUUCCCCCACCUCUGCAGCAGUGCUCACUCCAACCUUGGAGGCAUCGGUGGAAAGCUGGGCUAUGCUGAGCACUGCCCCGGCAGAGGUGACUCCAUCUGAAAGCAGCGAAAGCAUCUCUUUGGUGACUCAGGUUGCAAACCCUGCUGCUGCUGCUGCUUCACCUGCUGUGCCCUUACAGACUGGAGCUCAGCUCUCUGGGGCAGGGGACAUCUCUCAGAGGCUGCAGGAAGCUACCGCAGAGGAGCAGACCUCAUUUGCAAAGCCAGCAGAGCCUGCACAUCCUUCCCCAGCUGCUCCAGAGGCGAAGCCGUCCCCAGAGCAGCCCAAGGAGCAAGCGGAGGCCAAGCCAGUGAGCAGGACAGAGACUCUGCGAGAAGACGGGCCAAUGGAUCUGCGACUCUUUGAACUCAACUCCGACAGUGGGAAAUCCACUCCCUCGAACAAUGGGAAGAAAGGCUCCAGCACAGAUAUUAGUGAGGACUGGGAAAAGGACUUUGACCUGGACAUGACUGAAGAAGAGGUGCAGUUGGCCCUCUCCAAGAUGGACGUCUCUGGGGAGAUAGAAGAUGAAGAAUGGGAAGACUGGGAAUAAUGUGGGGUCGUCACUUCCGUGGUGCAUCUUGGUAUCUUCCCCCACCCCCUUCCCCCCUCCGCACCAUCCAAUGUGAAUUAAACCACAGAGCAACCGGUUCCUUUUUCCUGUGUAAAUGUGUUCCGGGCUGCCUGCAUCUCAUCUCUGCUGAAAUCCUGUUGGGGACCUUGGACCAUAACCCACAUUUGGAUUCUGGUGGUGGCUGGUAUCAUGUGGGGCUGCCGAAGAGCCUCAGCAGAGGGAGUGGGGCACAGGGAUAGGUGUAUCUUCCCAGUAGGUCCUCUGGACUAUUGCUUCUCUCAGAGCUGUCUCGGUGUGGAUUUAUUUUCCUUUGGGGGGGGCACGGUUUGAGGUGGGUGUCAGUUGAUGGUGGUUUGGGGUGGGUGUGAGGUGAGUGACUGGGCUCUAGAAGAUAAUUAGGAUUAUUAUGCCUGUUCUUCACUAGGCUGGCCACUUCCUAGCUGUGCCUCCUUCUGUGUGUUUUCAUGAAACCCAAUAAGCUUUUAGAGAAGGAGAAGACAACCCCUCUAGCAUGGUGUCUGAUUGCUCUUACCCAUUUCCCUUAGCAUCUUGCACUGCCUGAUAGGAAGCCAGGACAUUGAAAAGCUGGGAGAAUCCUCCUCUCAUCCUUACCUAUCCCUCCUGAACUGCUCCUCUGCUUUUCUGGGACUUGAGGCACUUUUCAAAAAAUAAAAAUGAAAUCUUAAGCCGAAUCCUUGCUUAGCAGUGCGUGACACUAGCGGGAGCAUCUGCUGCACAAGCUCCCCUGAAUUGAACACAAGUGGAAGGAGAUGUUCCUGCUGGGUUGUGCUGCUGAGACCUUCUUUGAAAAGGGCUGGGUGUGAGUUUCUGUGAAGCUGCUGAAUGGCGCAAGUGCAGCUCCUCUGCUGGUGGCCUUGCUAUUAGGCAUCCAUGAGAAGCACUGACAGUCAGUGUUGAAGGACCAGCAUUUGCCAAAGCCUCGUGCCCCUCUUUCCCGCCCCCACUUGGGCUGAUGCAUUUGUCAAUCUCUGUCUAUGGCAGCCUUUGCCAACCUAGUGAAGGCUAGUAUGUAGCAAGCCUCUGGAAAAACCCCAUCCCCGGGGAGAGGUGUCUCGUGCUCCCCAACCUUGCCAAGAGCUACAACUGCCUACAAGGCUGUGUUCCUUCCUUGCCCGCAUCCCUCUGACCUUCUCUAGGCAUAUCUGUUUCCUUUUGGUGCGAUUCCCCCCUUCUCCUGAUAUGCUCCUUGCCACAACAUAGUUGAGUCGAAAACGUCUGUAACUACUUGAGCAUCUCUGACCUCAGAACUGAUUAGCUCUAUUCAUGCUUUUCUAAAAUGGGUCCAAAAUGGAAAUCGGCUUCUUCUCCAUUAGGAAGCUCUCCUGCACAAACUCCGUUGAAGCAAAUGGGAGUUGUGCUGAUGUUCAGCAUCUCCCUGAUUCAUACAGCUGUGACAGAAAAUGUGCUUAUGUUCCUCCCCAAUGAUGCAAUAUACCUGGGGGGGUUUUCUGACUCAGGCUGGUUUCAUACCAGAGCCCCUGUGGUUGAGCCUUCAGAAGCAUCUGAUACUUGUUUAAGCCAUCCAGAGGCAGCUCCCUUCCAGCCUUCUCACAGUGCUUCUGCUCAUUCAUUCAUCUUCUCAACAGUGCCUGGCUUCUUGAGAGUACCAGACAGGAAUAAGAAAGUUCCUGCUACUUAUUUCUCUUUCCUGCUCCAAUUGGAAGCCAAACACUGCCAAAAAGAGAGUAAGCAAGUGAGGACGCAGCAGUGCCGUGCGAGAGCUGGAAGGAGGCGCUCCAUGGGUCGCUUAGUAGCUGUCAGAAUUUAUAGCUGCUACAGUCACCUCUCCUAGAGGCUUCUGAUGGUGUGGAGACAUGUUUGCAGGCUCCUGUAAAUGAACCCCCAUUUGGGGGAAACUAGCAACAGAGUCGGCCCUAAAAGCAGAUUAAGGAGAGUGAAGCACCCAAGUUUCUUGGUUGCUUUGUGCACAGUAUUUCUUGUUGUGUUCGUCCGCAUGAGCUGUUGCUUCUGAAAUGGGGAUCAGUGGUGGAGCACAUACGUUCAUGCUGCAUCCCUGCCAUCUCCCUUUAGAAGGAUCAUUAGCAGCAGGAGGUGGGUUUGACUUUCUGCCCGAGUUGCUGGUAUAAGGCCAUUUCUAUUUCUAAUGAAUGUUCCCUGCAUUUGCAGGUACGAGCUCCACCACAGUCUUGAGGAGGCUGCUUUUGGAUGUGUCUUAAUCAUAUGAGGGUUUGGCUAAGCCACGGACACGGGUAGUUUAGAAAAUGACCUAUAUUCUAUGUCCCCUUGAAGACUGGAUCUCAUUGAGUUUAGCAGAGCAUAGGGGGUGCCAGGAAUCAGUGGUGUUACAUCUGUCUAGAGGAACCCAAAUCAAAGUGUCUGAGAAGGAUGAUGGUUGUCAAGGGACAUCUGUGGCUCUUGGAUCAGCUUGCUUUUUUAGAUGUGUCUGUGUGAUGAUUUGGCAAAGCAUGGUACUGUAGUAUAGAGCCAGAUUCUGUUUCAAGGAGGUAGCCUGCCAAGGGGACGAGGCUCAUUCCCAGUUGGGGUUGGGGAAAAGCAUUGAGGCUCUGAUUUCAUCAUAACUCUCCAUAGUUCAUUUUCUUCUCUCUUUUUUUUCUCUUGGUUGUGCAAUAUUCUCUCAUUUUUAAAUUAUACUGCAACUCCCUGGACUGUUUUCUAGCUGGGGUGAAGAAGUGACUCUAACAGCUGUUUAGUUUUGUAAUGAUGACUUUCUCCUGAACCUUUUACAGACUUGCCGUUAACAGCAAUUAAAAGAGUUCUACAGAAA